AACUACACCAUCUGCCCUCUUCACUAUCGGCUUCAUAUUUGAAGGAAAAUGUUUUUUCUCACAGUUCUGCUGUUUUCCUACACUCAAGUCUCUCAGCAGAUUCAGGAAUCAACCACAGAAGCCAGAGAGAUGUCCAACCCCAAGCUCAGCCAUGCUCAGGGCACUUUGGAAGUAAUAAUGAACCAGAAUGUGAGCCUCUCCUGUCACUCAGACUCUGGAUCUCCACCUGUCAGAUACACUCUCUUCAAAGGAAAACAGCAGGUUGCCACACUAAAUAGGACAGACUCAACCCCAGCUGUGUUUAACCUGACCAUCAACUCUGCCAGUGACGUGGGUGAAUACAAAUGCAAAGCUGAGAACAGAAUCUCCAAUAAUGGAAAAUACAGCAAACCUGUCAAUUUAACCCUUAUAGAGCCAGUUUCUAAGCCAGUGUUAAGCUCACUCACUUCUCGAGCAAACAAAGGACAGAAUGUGACACUAUCUUGUCUCUCGGAAAAUGGUUCUCUUCCUAUCACUUACGUAUUCUUCAGAGGAAGAAAGAACAUCUCUCGCCCCAUAAGGAUGCAGAAGAAGGAAGCAGCUAUGCUUUUUCUGUUUAUCAAUUCAUCUAGUGACUUUGGAACAUAUAAAUGCAAAGCUGGAAACAGCUUUCCCAAUAACACAAAAUAUAGCAACAGUUUCAACUUUACAUUAGCAGAAGAGAGAAGCAAUUUUCAACCCUUGCUCAUUUCUCUUGGGCUGAUCCUGCUGUUGUUAGCAAUAGGAUUUGCUCUGGCAAUUCCAUUUGUCAUUAUUCCUUCAUAUAAAGCAAAAAGAAGUAAGUCUGUUAGGUCCUCGGCUGGCCUUACUUCAACAACAAAUGCAGAAGAAACAGAAGACUACGUCAUAUACACAGAGAUUGAAUAUGUUAAACCUGAAGAACAGUAUGCCAACUUUACCAUCAUUAGAAAAGAAGAUGAAAAAGGGCAAUCUAGAAACCUAAAUGGUCCAGAUUUGAUAGAACUGUACCAACAAGCUUUAGCGGCACUAUUUUCAGGGAGACCAGUGACAUCCCAGAAGUCAAUUCAGGCAUAG